UUCCUUCUCUGUAUCUCUCCACUAGUCAAGACAGGUCUAUGGAUGUUUGUACAUCCCUCGCUUCUCGGUAAUAACAUUGACGUUGGAGUUACUGGAGCAAUGAUGAAGGCUGUUACUACAAUCUCGUUUUUCCUCUUAAUCCAUAUUGAGGCAGUGAAAUCCAAAGGAAACUCUACAGAUCAUGUUGGGGAGCUUGAGAUGGAUAAUGAAGUGAAGGUGCCACCGGUGGUCAAUUCGACUUUUCACAUGCAUUUACAAGGCAGCCUGUUAGAAGAUACCUGUGUUAUCAAACCAUUUCAAUCAGACACCCUGGACACGUGCAGCUACAACACAAGCAGCCCUCUAAUCAUUAUUAUUCAUGGCUGGACGAUGAGUGGAAAAAUGGAGGAAUGGAUAUUUAGUCUUGCCUUAGCCCUUAAAACCAGGCUAGAGCGGGUGAACAUUCUGAUCAUUGACUGGAGACCUCUAGCUUUCCAGCCAUACCCAACUGCAGCUAAGAAUGCCAGGCAGGUGGGCUUGGAUGUGGCAAAUCUCCUGAAGUGGCUCGAGGAAACCACUCAGCUCUCCAUGGAUAAGGUGCACCUGAUUGGCUACAGUUUAGGAGCACAUGUGGCUGGAUUUGCAGGAAGCCAUUUUACAAAAGCCAAAAAGCUGGGCCGCAUAACAGGGUUGGAUCCUGCAGGUCCCAAUUUUGAGGGCGUUCCUGCUUCGGACAGGCUGUCACCUGAUGACGGCAAGUUCGUAGAUGUUAUCCACACCUUUGCUAAAUCCAGCAUCGGGCUGGCGGUGGGAAUCAAGCAAACGGUUGGACACGUCGACUUCUACCCAAACGGAGGCUACUUCCAGCCUGGCUGUCAUAUGUCAGACAUAUACAACAAUGUUUACAAAUACGGCCUGGAAGGUGUCCCAAAGACUAUUAAAUGUGCUCACCAGCGAGCCGUCCACCUCUUCAUUGACUCCCUGUUGAACACCGACCAACAGAUGACUGCUUACCGCUGUCGGACUGACCAUGCGUUUGACCAAGGCCUGUGUUUAGACUGCAAAAAGAAUCGCUGUAAUACUCUGGGUUAUGGGGCGAGAAAAGUAUACAAUGGAGAUUACAGCAAAGGCCUCUACCUGAAGACUGGUACCCAAACACCAUUUAAAGUGUAUCACUACCAGAUUAAGGUCAUGGUGUUGAACCUGAUCGAGCAGGACAAAGCUUCUAUCUCCAUUGCUCUUAGCGGAAGUGAAGGAGAGAGCCCGCAUAUUCCUAUUACUCUGUCCCUGGAGCAUCCUGAGAACAAGACGUAUUCCACUCUGCUUGCAGUGGGCUUGGGGCUGGGUGAGCUGCAAGCGGUGCAUCUACGCCUGACAGGAGUGGAGGACUGGAGCAACUGGUGGAGACGAAUCAUGAACCGCAAUGGAGACUCGAACGACACAGAGCUCAUUGUGGCCAAAAUCCGACUCAAAUGCGGCGAGAGCCAAGAGAAGACAUGGUUUUGUGAUCAAACAGCAGCUGUAACACACCUUAAACCUGCAAAAGAACACAAGUUUGUUCGUUGUCAACAUUCUAAAAAGAAGAAAAGAAGCAGCAGAAAUCUUCAAGACAACAUCCAUAGUCAAGGAUUUCCCAUAUCACCACGUCAGACUAAAACAGAGGAAUCGGAAACAGGAUGAAGGAGAAAAAAAAAAAGUCUACGUCUAAAACAUUUGGUUCAAAAGAAAUACCUGGAUGUUACAUGUUAUCAUUUCGAUUGACCAUUUUUAUUAAUGCAUUUCAAGUACUCAAAAUUACAUCUCUUUGCACAAUACGUUUUGAAAUGUUAAGUAAAAAUGUUCAAAGUGAACAAAAAUUUAGGUACUGUAUAAAACACAGUUAACAUUAACAGACAGUAGUUUUUUUUUUUUUUUGUUUUGUUUUGUUUGUUUGCUUCUAACUGUUGUGAUCGUUCUGCCUAUACCACCUACAAUAAUUUUUGACUCAAUUCAGACAAUUUCAGUGCACUUUUUUUUCUAUAAAGAAUCACCAAGACUACACAAAAUAAAAACCAGUGAAAGAAAAAUGUCAGAUACAGGCAGAUAUUCCUCCUCUAUCCAUUUCACACCACAUGAGAAACAGACAAAUAAAGAAAAAAAACAACAAAAAAAAAAGAUGCACUUCGUUGUAUUUAAAUAUUCCGAUUGCUGUCAUAAAGAAAGAAUAGUUUUCGAAUAUCCAUAAUAUCCUAUUCUGACAAAUGUAGUGGAAAUCAAAGAGAAAAGCAAAAAAGGUUUUCAGAAUCAAGAGAAAUUAUCACUAUGUGGUCACAUUUAAAGUUAAAAAAGAAGGAAAAAUAGACAGACAAGUAUCAAAAUCUCAUAUUUAUCUUCAAAUUUAAAAGAAAUGCUCCAGGAACUGUACAUAGUAUACAACAGUUUACAAUGUUGUGCACGGAGCAGCUUUCCUGAUGGCAUCCGAGCUGCUCCGUGACCCUUUUAAGACAGAGAUCUCACAUCAGUGGCUCUCACAAAAUGCAGCCCAGUCACUCCAUGUAGCACAAUUUAUGUUUAAUGCAUUUAAAAAGACAGAAAAAGCACAAUUGGGCCACAGGUUGAGAUGUGAACCUCUGUGUACCUAUAAAAUCCUUACUGAUGAAAGCAAACACAAUGACUAACCAAAAAGAAAACAAAAACAACUCUGUUUGGGUGAAACUCUCAUUGUGAAAGUGAGAGGUGACCUGAGGUCAAACAUUACCGUCCUUGCGAUCAGUCUUUGAAACUCCCAUUGUUGCAGCCGGGUUUUCCGUGUUACGGCAUGACCACAGAAACGCGAUACGCUGUUUACGUGCGUGCCGGUUUUGUGUUGGCGGAGAUGGUGAAACAGAAGGCCUUGACAUCUCACCUCACCUUCGAACCCGCGUUUCAGAAAUCGAUCGUUUUGUUUAUUUUUAAUGCGAAAUGCUACUGUAAACUUAAGAGAUUUUUUUUUAAAAGAGACGUUAACUAAAUGGAAAAUGUUUGCUUCAUGAAUUUAAAAUGGUCUUUAUCUUGUUAAACGACCUGCCGUUAAAAGUAUAUCACCAAUAAACCAAUUAUGGCAGGGCAAACAUUUUCCACCAAGAAUUAGAUUUAAAAAAAAAAAAAAAAAAAACACCCUUACAAUUCAAGUAAAUUGUGCUAUGAAUAUCAGUGUUAGCUAUAAAUAUUUGAACAGCGCUUACAUCAUAUUGUUAAACAAUCAGAUUCAUAGAUUAAUGCGGAAAUAAUACGGCCACGUACCGCGUUCAGGCAAUUAAUCGGAAUGUUUUAAACCUUUAAACUUCUUUAGUAAUCCUACGAAUUCAAUUGCAAUAUUAAGAGUGUAUUUGAUUACAUUCGGCAUGUCAAAUGUACCACGGUCUACGCGAGGCUAAAGUUAAUUGAGAGAUCAACAUGACUACUUGUAGCUGCUGGUAAUUUCAUAAAGACACCGGCUAAAUCCACAGAGGUCUGACGUGUGUCUUCAUCAGCGAAAGGUUGACCACCUGUAAAUGCGAUUGCGCUUCGAAUUCGAACGAACGAAUCGCGGUCCCCUUGUGUGUAAACUGUAAACAGACAAUCAAAUCCCAAACACGUACCUUUCGUGUUAUUGUACACGUUUAGCCUAGCUGGACUGAGGUCUCUCCUAGAGCACUUGCAGCAUGCACGAUCGUUACACGUAUUCACUAGCUGUGCAGAUUAAUCUUCCAGGAUUAUGACACCGUGUGACAUCUGAGGUGACGAGAGAAUAGUGGAAACAUGAGAAUAACAUUUCUUCAGAGUUUCGUAAAAAGGAUAUGUGUACCGCUCCACUGAAUCAAUGGGUAUAAAAAAAAAAAAAAAAAAGUGGAACAAUCA